AUGGGUUCGCUUUAUCGAAGUGAAGAAAUGUGCUUAGCACAGCUAUUUUUACAAACCGAAGCUGCAUACACGUGUGUUGCAGAACUUGGAGAAUUAGGUCUUGUGCAAUUCCGUGACCUGAAUCCAGAUGUCAGCGCUUUCCAACGAAAGUUCGUAAAUGAAGUACGACGAUGCGAUGAAAUGGAGAGAAAAUUAAGAUUUUUGGAACGUGAAAUCAAAAAAGACUCUAUACCAAUGUUGGAUACGGGUGAAAGUCCAGAUGCUCCGCAGCCGAAAGAAAUGAUCGAUUUAGAAGCAACAUUUGAAAAGCUGGAAAAUGAAUUACGGGAGGUUAAUCAAAAUGAAGAAAUGUUGAAAAAAAAUUUUUCGGAAUUAACAGAGCUAAAGCAUAUUCUUCGCAAAACACAGCAGUUUUUUGAUGAGGUGGAACAUGGUAAGUUGGCGUACUCGAGACGAGAUGAACAUCGGCGACAUUCUGUGCCUGAAGAAGAACAACGUCUUCUGAAUGAUUAUCCAGGUGCAGCAAUGACUCUUCGUUUGGGGUUGAUCUACUGGCUUCUCAUUAUUGGCGGACCGGAUACAGUUGUGGGACCUAAUGCACCGGCCGUUUGCGCUCUUCCGGAGCAGAUUGUUCUGCAGGAAACUGAGGGAAUAGGCAUCGAAUUACCUGGUACUGGUCUCACCGGGCAAAUGUUUGCUAAUUUUGGUUUUGUUGCUGGUGUCAUUCAGAGAGAACGACUUCCAGCGUUUGAACGCUUGCUAUGGCGCGCUUGCCGUGGUAAUGUUUUCCUCCGUCAGUCUGAAAUAUCCGAACCAGUUAUUGAUGCCGUAACUGGAGAUCCGAUUAUCAAAACAGUAUUUGUUGUUUUUUUCCAAGGGGACCAGUUGAAAACUCGAGUUAAAAAAAUAUGUGAAGGUUUUCGGGCAACCCUUUAUCCCUGUCCAGAUACUCCGCAGGAACGACGAGAGAUGUCAAUAGGAGUUAUGACUCGUAUUGAAGAUCUAAAAACAGUUUUAGGACAAACGCAAGAUCAUCGACACCGUGUUCUGGUUGCUGCAUCAAAAAAUGUUCGAAUGUGGCUAACAAAAGUGCGUAAAAUUAAGUCUAUUUAUCACACGUUAAAUUUAUUCAACUUAGACGUGACUCAAAAAUGUUUGAUUGCUGAAUGUUGGUGUCCCGUAGCUGAUUUAAGCCGAAUUCAAAUGGCUUUGAAACGAGGAACGGAAGAAUCAGGAAGUACAGUGCCAUCAAUCCUCAAUCGUAUGUCAGAUAUAACAGAAGCACCUCCAACUUAUCACAGAGUGAAUAAAUUUACUCGUGGUUUCCAGAACAUUGUUGAUGCAUACGGUGUAGCAUCUUAUCGUGAAAUUAAUCCAGCUCCUUAUACAAUGGUCACAUUUCCUUUUCUUUUUGCUGUUAUGUUUGGAGAUUGUGGUCAUGGACUUAUUAUGCUUUUAUGUGCUCUCUUCUUUAUAUAUAGAGAAAAACAACUUGAAGCAGCCCGAAUAAGUAAUGAAAUUUUCCAAAUAUUUUUCAACGGCCGGUACCUAGUAUUUUUGAUGGGUUGCUUUUCGAUUUACACGGGACUCAUUUACAAUGAUGCAUAUAGCAAAUCUUUCAAUUUUUUUGGAAGUUCAUGGCGGAAUAUUUAUGCAGAUUUAAGCAAAUUCGAACCUGAACAAGAACUCAUGCUUACGCCACAAUGGGCUUAUUACAAUGUGUCAAGUGGUCCAUAUCCGAUGGGAGUUGACCCUAUUUGGAAUCUGGCUGAGAGUAACAAAUUAAGCUUUUUGAAUUCCAUGAAAAUGAAAAUGUCAAUCAUUAUUGGCAUUGCUCAAAUGACAUUUGGCGUUCUGUUGAGCUACGAGAAUUUCAAAUAUUUUAAUUCUCGAUUGGAUAUCCUAUAUAUGUUCAUUCCUCAAAUGCUAUUUCUCAGUUCUAUUUUUAUGUAUCUCUGCUUACAAAUUAUAUUUAAGUGGUUGCUCUUUUCUGCUGAGAGUGGAUAUGUUCUUGGUUAUGAAUAUCCAUCAUCGAACUGCGCUCCUUCGCUACUUAUCGGGCUUAUUGGAAUGUUUAUGAUGAAGAGUCGUCCUUCUGGAUUUGUCGAUAGUAAAGGCAAUGUUUAUCCACAAUGUUAUCUAAAUCUCUGGUACCCUGGUCAGUCAUUCUUUGAAACAUUACUCGUGUUAGUUGCUGGAGCCUGCAUACCGGUUAUGUUAUUCGGUAAGCCAUAUGUACAGUGGAAGGAGUACAAGCAGCGAACUGCAAUGGGCAUUUAUCAUUUGGGUAUAAUCGAAAUGGUUCUUGUGUUGGUGGCAAUGAUUCAAGUGCCGCUCAUGCUGACAGCAAAGCCAUACGCAUUGUAUAAGGAACAUCGCAGUCAGUUGAAUACUUUGUUGCAGAACAACAACCGAUCGAAUAAAUCGAGUGUUCACGUGGAUGCAAAUGGAGACAAUGCACAAGUAAUCCAUAAUGACUCUCCGAGGCCAACAGUUUCAAGUACGGAAGAAAAAUUUGAUUUUGCUGAUAUUAUGGUUUAUCAAGCAAUUCAUACCAUUGAAUUUGCUCUCGGUUGCAUAUCACAUACUGCUUCAUAUCUUCGACUUUGGGCAUUAUCACUUGCUCAUGCCCAAUUGUCUGAUGUUUUGUGGACAAUGGUUUUCCGACAGGCUUUUAUGUUGAAUGGUUACUUGGGAGCGGUAGCGACAUACACUUUGUUCUUCGUUUUCGCGUUUCUUUCUUUCUCGAUUCUAGUCUUAAUGGAAGGUCUGAGUGCUUUUCUUCAUGCUCUUCGUCUCCACUGGGUUGAAUUCCAAAGCAAAUUCUAUAAAGGACUUGGCUAUGCGUUCAUUCCUUUUUCAUUUGAAAAAAUUCUAGAAGAAGGCCAUGCUGUUGAAGAGAAUACAUGA